AUGGCUCACAGCCUAGGCGUCCCAUACAUUGGGCUGAUCUCCCAGGGCCAGUGCAUCUUGUCCUGGCCUAUCCAGAACGCCUUUCUUCAGCCUCAGGCCACCUGCAACACACCAGCCCCCACGUCCCAACCAUUCCCCUCUCACCCCGCCCACAAAGAGCUAGCGAGCCCCACCUGGUUACUGCCGCCGUGGCCGCCAACGCGCACCACUUGCUGUGCUAUUAUGUCCGGUCCUUUUGCAUCUGCCACAGCUCGGGGUCAUGGCCAGGGCCAAGAGGAGCAUGAGAGGUGGCCAGAGGAAGGCAGCAGCGUCCCGGGACUCCGGACUUUCUUAGCUGGGAGCCCAGGUGCUCAGGGGGCAGUGGCCACAUGGCCUGCCAUCGUGAUGCUGUGCACGGCUGGGACUUUGCAGCCACCAGUUGGCACACCAGGCGAAGAGGUCACCCUCUACAUGGUGGAGGCGAUGGAGCACGGCAGGGACCUGGUGGACGGAGAGGAGGCGGGGAUCGGGCGGGAGUGCCAGUGGCUGGGGGAACACAUUAUGGAAGAGGUGGAGGCUGUGGCAGAUGAGGAGCGGGAAUAG